GGAGAACUGGUCUUUCAGGAGGUUUUGCAAUCCAUGUUCGAGCGAGUUCAUGCAUGAUACGCCAUAUCGAAAAGACGGGAGAGAAGACGGGAGACACUGUGGCUUUCUGCGCUGAAAACUGAGGUAUGCUUGGAAGAACACUGACACAUACCCAUCAGCAACGCAUGGAGUCUAUGAUAAGCUAUGUAUGUUUUUUGGCCAACCAUGGCCAUUGACCCACAGGUGCCUUGAUGCCCAGAGCUGAGCAGUGAGGGAGAGGGGGCCUUUUCUUUUUGCAGGUCGUGGGCCUUGAGAGAUUCUUUAACUCAGGGAGAUGUUGGAUUCGCCCACCAUGGCAGGGCAGAAGAGCUAGAGAUUUGAAUUUGAAACUUCAUGUUGCCUGGGCAAAGUCCCCGCAGUUGCCAGUUCAACGGACUCAGGCCACAACUUCGUGGUGUGGUAGCAAGGUUCCAGCAGCGGCAGAAGGAGCAACAAAAUGCAGACGAGCAAGUGGACCAGCCAAAGCAGCUGAUUGUUCCUUGCCACCGUCACGACAUCAAGCGCUCGAAUGCUCCUCUUCUUUUAUCUUCCAAGCUUCGAGAUAACUUCGAAGGGCCGGUGCUGAUCCGCGUGCUGAGCAAAGCACAGCCGCACUUGCGGAUCUUCCUCCGUGCUUCGCCGAAAGUCUUUGUCCAAGGCAUCGAGGGUGUGAGCAUCAUUCAGGAGAUUGUGGAGCAGGCUCGGAUCAUCGACAAGCAGGUGGAGCUGCAAGUGGCUGACAGAAGAGAGGCCAGACUUGCUGAAGUCGCUGUACUGAUUCUGGAUCACUACCUCUCCCAGCGAGACAUUUGGCAUCUCCAUGCUGCCAUGAUGCAGGAUGGGGGUCAACUCCUCUACGCCAACUUCGACUAUAUGUGGCAAGCUCAGCUCCCUUGGCAAAUCAGAUAAAAUCACUUGCUUCCUGUCUUUGAGAGAGGUGCUGCAUGUGAUUUCUCAUGAUGCUCGAAAGCUUCGGGAUGGCAGCGGGAAAACACAAAGUCUCAGGAUCUCGGACUGAAAGUCAACAUGUUUUGGGCGAUGACUUUGUUCAUCAGAUGCCCCCAUGAAUGCCUUCUCCAGCCC